CGGGAAAAUAAUUAGUAACUAGAAUAUAAUGUUUUCCUACACUUUUCUUCUUCUUGGUCGUGGCCAGUAUAAAACGCGGUUGAAGAAACGCAUGGUCGGGUUCAUUCCUAAAGUCAUACCACGCAAGAUUAGAAACAACACUAUUGCCUUUCGUAGUGAAGCGAACACAGGUCAUAUCGAGGGGCAUAUCAAAACCGAAAGCGAACGGCUAGAUAUGACUGGUCGUAAGCUACAAAAGAUUAUGUGGGAUCCAAUUCUACAAAGACAUACGCUCUUUAAGGAGGCUAAGCUGAGGGGGCCCUUUAUGACAAAGUCAAAUAUUGCCCGAAAUUUUAGUUUUCCCUCUAACUCCAAAGAGUCAACAGGACCAAAAGUAUCGGGAAAAAAGGUAAAUUAGUGGCACGAAUAUCGAUGAGUUUUUUUUUGCCUGAAAUUUGUAUGCUAAGGAACAAAAGAGUAUGUGAACUACACAGAAAACACAUUACAUCUUUCACUCUUUAAUAUACUAAAUCAGUAAGAUAUCAAUAGUAUCAAUUACUCGAUUCACAACAACAAGACCACUAUAAACAAAGGGAGCAUCUCAA